UUAAAAACAACAACAAUCAGUUUCGUUUCUCUCAGAAACUGCCGGCUCCGCCCCCAAACAGCACGUCGGGCGCCCAGCGUCGGGGCGGGGUAGAGAGGCUGCGGUUCCUAGACGUCGGUGUGCGUUCCGCUCGCUGCGGCUCCGCACCACGACGCCCGGGGGCGGUGGGCGGCUUCAGGCUUUGGCCGCCUCUUUUCCUCGCCUCAGCUCGGUCUCCUUCGAAUGUUCGGACAGCUGAGACACGGCUGAGGAGCUCGGGAAAUUGGUGAUGGAGGGGAGGCCACGGAGGAGGUCGCGGGGCGGCGCACGCCCGGUGCCCGGGCGGGUCCCCGAGUCCCGACCCUCCGCGUCCCGGCCCUCCGCGACAGCGCCCGUGGAGUCCUGGGGAGCGAAGCUCUGGCUCUUCCCCAGCGCCGCCGGGCUCCGCAGCGCGCUGUCCAAGAGGCCCGAGGCGACACGCCAGAUGUGCUGCACGCGCCGGCGCCUGGCGGUGCUGGAGCGCGGCGGGGCGGGCGUCGAGGUCCACCAGCUGCCGGCGGGGAGCGACGGCGCCAGGAAGCCGAAGUGCAUUAAGUUAGGGAAAAAAAUGAAGAUACAUUCCAUGGACCAAGGAGAAGAGCACAUGCUGGUUCUAUCCUCAGAUGGAAAACCAUUUGAGUACAAGUAUAGCAUAGAACAUGCAAGGUUUCAGUGCAUUUUACAAGAAAAAAAUAUAAUUCAGAUCACAUGUGGAGAUUAUCAUUCUCUUGCACUCUCAAAAGGUGGUGAGCUUUUUGCUUGGGGACAGAACUUAGAUGGCCAGCUUGGAGUUGGAAGAAUAUUUGCCUCAACUUCCACACCGGAGAUUGUGGAGAACCUCUCAGGAGUCCCCUUGGUUCAGAUUUCUGCAGGAGAAGCCCACAGCAUGGCCUUAUCCAUGUCCGGAAAUGUUUACUCUUGGGGAAGAAAUGAUUGUGGACAGCUGGGCCUGGGCCACACCUACAAUAAAGAUUCUCCUUCCUGUAUUGAAGCACGUGAUCAGAAAGUUGAAUUUCUUGCUUGUGGUGGCUCUCACACUGCCCUGCUCACAAAGAGUGGACUGGUAUUUACUUUUGGUGAUGGAAAGUACGGGCAACUCGGUCACAAUUCAACACAGAAUGAGUUAAGACCCUGUUUGGUAGCUGGGCUUGUUGGAAAUAGAGUGACCCAGAUAGCAUGUGGAAGGCAGCACACACUUGCUUAUGUUUCUGAUAUGGGAAAGGUCUUUUCUUUUGGUUCUGGAAAAGAAGGACAACUGGGAAACGGUGGGACAUGUAAUCAGCUGAUGCCACGUCCCAUGAAAUUGCCGUCAAGUGAAGAACUCAAAUCUGAAAGCAGCACAUCAGUAAAGGAGUUAAUAAUGGUUGCUGGAGGGAAUCAAAGCAUUUUGAUGUGGAUGGAAAAAGAGAAUUCCUAUGUGAAUCUGAGGAGGAAAAUUCCUACCUUGAAUGAAGGCACUGUAAAGAGAUGGAUUGCAGAUGUGGGGACUAAACAGUGGCAAAAUACAAAAAGGGAAAUAAGAGAGAUAUUUUCAUCUCCUGCGUGUCUGACUGGAAGUUUUUUAAGGGAAAGAAUAGAUGGAGAAAUAAUAUCUAUUCAUUUGGACUUGAAUGCAGCAAGAAAUACCUUUAAGGAGUUAACCCAGAAGGACUGGAUUACUAACACGAUAACCUCAUGUCUCAGGGAUAAUCUGCUCAAAAAUCUUCCAUUUAAUUCUCCACACCAAGAAGCUUUAGAAGUUUUCUUCCUUCUCCCAGAAUGUCCUGUGAUGCAUGAUAGUAACAACUGGGAGAGCCUGGUGGUUCCAUUUGCAGAAGCUGUUAAUAAAAUGAAUAACCAGAUGUCAAGAGUUCUGGAGAAAUAUUGGGCAUCUCUGAAAGAAUCUCUUUUCAUCAGUCUGGUCCAGAUGUUUAAAAGAGCCGUCGUUGCCCAACUGCAUUAUUGGACUGAAAGUUCUGAGAAUAACAAUCACAUUAAAGCUCUCCUAGAAGUGUUGAAAAAGCUGUAUAGGGUAAACCAGACUAAAUGUCAACUGCCUGAAAAUAUCUUUGAAAUAAAUGAACUCACACAGUGGCUUGAUUUUUAUGUAGAUGCAUAUAGAAGGUCCUCCUGGAAAGUGGACUCAGACAUUUCAGUAGACAUCGAGUAUCCUGUCAUAUUCAGUCGUUUUCCAUUUAUCUUUAAUAUUCUGUCGAAAAUAAAACUACUGUAUGCAGACUCACUUUUAAAAGUACAGGAGAAGAAAUUUCAAGCUUGUAUGAGGUUGGCUGGCAUUGUGGACCAAGAAGGGUCUGCAUUAUCUUUACUGCCCACCUUUAAUCUGAUAGUCAGAAGGAGUCACUUGAUUGAGGAUGUUUUUAAUCAGCUAAAUCAGUUUGAAAAUGAAGAUCUGAGGAGGGAGUUAAUGGUUUCAUUUAGUGGAGAAAUUGGAUAUGAUUUUGGAGGAGUCAGGGCAGAGUUUUUCUACUGUCUCUUUCAAGAAAUGACCCGGCCAGAAUAUGGAAUGUUCACGUAUCCUGAAGAGGCUUCCUACAUGUGGUUUCCUGUCAGGCCUAAAUUUGAAAAGAAGAGUUAUUUCUUCUUUGGACUUCUAUGUGGACUUUCUCUAUUCAAUUGUAAUGUUGCCGACAUCCCUUUUCCGCUGGCUCUGUUUAAGAAACUUUUGGACCAAACGCCAUCACUAGAAGACUUGAAAGAACUCAGUCCUGUUUUGGGAGAGAGUUUGCAGACACUUCUGGAUGAUGAUGGCGAUGACUUAGAAGAAGUAUUUCACAUCCAUUUUAAUGUGCAUUGGGACAAAAAUGAUGUAGACUUAAUUCCUGACGGAAGUCACGUAAUUGUUAACCAGACUAACAAGAGAGACUAUGUUUCUAAGUAUGUCAAUUACAUCUUCAACAUCUCUGUAAAGGCAGUUUAUGAGGAGUUUCAAAGAGGAUUUUACAGAGUGUGUGACAAGGAGAUUAUUGAAUUUUUCCAUCCCGAACAACUUAAGGAUGUGAUUAUCGGAAACACAGAUUACGACUGGGAAACAUUUGAAAAGAAUGCACAUUAUGAACAUGGAUACGACAGUUCACAUCCCACCAUAGUGAUGUUUUGGAAAGCUUUACACAAAUUGACCUUGGAGGAAAAGAAAAAAUUCCUUGUGUUUCUUACAGGAACUGACAGAAUUCAAGUCAAAGGUGUAAAGAACAUGAAAAUAACAUUUUGCUGUCCUGAGACUUUGAAUGAGAAAGAUCCCAUAAGAGCACAGACAUGUUUUAGUGUCCUCUACCUCCCUAAGUAUUCUACAAUGGAAAGAGUAGAAGAAGCACUCCAAGUGGCCAUCAACAACAGCAGAGGAUUUGGCUGACCUACCUCACACUCUCUACCCCUUUUGGGAAAUAUUUUCAAAAAUUAACUUAAAAAUUAACAUAAAAAUCUUGCUGACUGUUCACUGUGUUCACUUGCUUUUUUAGAAUUCCUAUUUUUGCUUGUAAAAUGUAUUGGCAAUGAUAUGGAUUAGGCUGUUAAAACAAGUGCAUUGAGAAACACAAUGCAUUGAGACAGCAGGGUUUUUUCUCAUAAAUGUCUGGGUAGUUUGUCCAGGGUUUAAGUGGUUCUUUUCCCUCUCAAACUGCUCUAGUUACCUAGAUGACUUUCUUGUUGCAAAUUUCAAUGGAAACUUGCACAUUUCUAUCUUAAAUAUACUUAUUGCAUUUGAAACUAUUGACUCCUUUCUCCUCAACUGCUAGGCUUUCUUUUUCGUGGCUGCUUUCCCAUUUCUUUUGCAUGCUUCUCUUAUAGUUCCUGACCUUAAGUGCUCGUCUAGUCAUCGUUUCUCACUCUACACAUAUUCCUUCUCGUUGCUCUGGCAUCAGUUAUCAUUUCUCACUCUACACUAUUCCUUCUCGUUGUUCUGGCAUCAGUUAUUAUUUCCAGGCUGAUGAUACCCAGAUCUCUCUCUGUCCAACAGGAACUGACAAUACAGCACGACAGCCGCUUUUCCUACGUAGCCUGUGUCUACCUGCAUGCUUCCCAGCUCCUUCAUCUCAGCAUGUUUAAGAAUAUGAUCAUUUUCCCUGCAUUCUGCAGCCUGUAUUCUGGUACCACUAACACCUCCUUCAACCAUCUUCCCUUCUUCCCUCUUAUUCACCCCCACAUUUGAAAAAAUCAGGUUUUGACGAUCUUGUUCUUCAUCUUCCUCUAAGCCCACUGCCGAUGCUUUAGUUCAGGCUCUUAUCAUCUCCUGUCCCAUCACUGCAGUCCUCUCUCAGCUGGUCUCUCUGCAUCUAGACCAACACUGUCCAGUAGAACUUUCUGUAAGGCUAGAGACCUAGACGGGCUUCCCAGAUGGCGCUAGUGGUAAAGAACCUGCCUGCCAGUGCAGAAGACUGAGA